GGAGGUCCUGCCUGCACCAUGAACCCUUGGAUCCUUGCCAGCCUGGCAGCCUGCUUUUUGGGGGCCUGGGUCCCUCCCAUCCACACCCAAGGGUCCUUUGAAGACUGCUGUCUGGGUUACUACCCCAAACCCAAGUUGGCUGUGCUCCGUCGCGCCAGGUUUUUCCGGAUCCAGGAGGUGAGCGGCAGCUGCAACCUGUUUGCCAUCAUAUUCUACUUCCACCAACCAGGUAAAACGGUGUGCGGGAACCCACGGGACAUCAGGGUACAGAAGGCAAUGAGAUGGGUAAAUCCUAGGCUCAAGGUCUCCCAGAGGUCUGACAACCGGCUAACCAUCCAAGGUGGGGCCGUGAGCCUGCGCAUCUCCAGGAUCCAACAGCAGGACAGAGGCCGGAGGGAUCUUGCUCCACCAGUGGUCACCCUGCAGCCCCAGCUGCCUCUGUCCCUGUCCUUCAGUCCCAAUCCUAGCCCCUGUGCCCGGAUUGGUUUGCUCCUUUUUAUUCCUACCAUCUCCUGCCCCUUGGACAGCUGGGAAGAGAGAUAG